AUGAAAUACGUUACAAAAUUUCUUUUAAUGUUUUCUUGUGCAAUAUACGUGUUACCGUUAAAUGGUUUGCAUGAGUCACAAUUUACUUCGUCUUCAAGGCUAAAAAGAGGAGGUCUACCAAAUAAUCAGCAAGCAAGCGAUUCAAUGACUUCUGAAAUCCAGGAAAAUCCAUGUAAUACCAAAGAAAUUAAAAAGCCAAACUUUUACUUUCCUGGUCUCCGAAAAAGCGAAACGAAAUGUUUUGAAUACAUUUGGGAAAUAGAGAGGCGUGAAGAUCAGUCCAAAAGGGACGCUGACUGCUUAACCUAUAUACUAAGCCAACCUGGUCCAAACAAACCACACUUCGCCGUAGGUGGUAGAAUUACAGAGCCUGGUGAAUUUCCGCAUAUGGGUGCUGUAGGUUGGAAAGCGACAUCAGGGUCGUGGGUAUUUAAAUGUGGUAGCUCCUUGAUCAGUUCUAAAUUUAUGCUGACAGCUGCACAUUGCUCAAGAGUGUCAUCAAGAGAUACAAGUAUAGCAAAUACUACCCCGGAGAUCGUGCGGUUAGGCGAUAAAAAUAUCAUUGAUGUGUUUGACAAAGGACGUUUUCCAUACGAUGUAAAAAUUAAACAAUUUAUCGUACAUCAUCAGUACAAGGCUCCGAAAAAGUAUUUUGAUAUAGCUAUUAUACAACUAGAAAAUGAAGUGUUUUUCACUAGACAUAUACAACCCGCUUGCCUUUGGACCCAUCGCGAUACCAGUUCUCUUGGAACGAAAGCUACAUUAACUGGAUGGGGUGUAAUAGAAACAGCAAAGUUAACAACGUCUCCAGAAUUACAAGCUGCCGUGGUGGAUAUACUAGAUUCAGCACUGUGCAAUAAUUUGCUGCAGUCCUCAUGUAAUCGAUUAUGGUGCGGAAUGACAGAAAGUCAACUUUGUGCUGGAAAAUUAGCUGGUGGCGUUGACGCAUGUCAGGGUGAUUCUGGAGGACCUUUACAAGUGAAGAUAAGUUUACCUACUAAUAAUCAAGGCUCAAUUCACUAUUUGAUAGGCGUUACGUCGUUUGGUAUUGGAUGUGCUCGUGCCAAUACUCCGGGUAUCUACACAAGAGUAUCAAGUUUUAUAGACUGGAUAGAGGACACUGUAUGGCACGGAGAAACAAACAUGAGUAUAACAGGCGACUAA